ACUUUCCUAAAUCUUCCACCAUGAGAUAGACUUCAACUUAGCAACUCCAGAACCGCUGCUCUCUUCGCUUUCUCUAACCCUCAAAAUAAUUUCUAGCGUUAUACUCGAUCGCUAGCUUGUAGUUUUCUGUUCAAAGCUCGAAACCCCAACUUCUUUCAAUAUCCUCGAUCGUUAUCGCGUAUCAUGGCGCCACAUGGAAAGGCCAUUGCAAGCCCUUACACCAGGAAAAACAUCUUCUCCAAGCCGCCAAGGCUCUCUUCCGACGGCCUUCAACGAACGGUAUCAGACAUUUCAUUCGAGCUUAGCAAAGAAGGGAUUGACUUAGAACUCCCUCCAGUAUCCGAGGUUGAAGAUGCAAGGUGCGAGUGCUGUGGCAUGUGCGAGGAAUGCACGCCGGAGUACAUUGACAAGGUGCGCAACAAAUUCUCCGGGAAGUGGAUAUGUGGGCUUUGUGCCGAGGCAGUGAAGGAAGAGGUGGAGAAAAAUGGAGGAAAUAGAGAGGAGGCUUUGAGUUCACACAUGAGUGCAUGUGUUAGGUUUAACAAGUUUGGAAGGGCUUAUCCAGUUUUGUUCCAAGCUGAGGCCAUGAGAGAGAUGUUGAAGAAAAGCAAAUCGGAAGGGAGAGGCGUGAGGGCCAAGUCUAUUAGUCCUAGGGACAAAGGAGCUGUGCAAAAGAAGGGUGGGAUUGCUCGGAGUUCAAGUUGCAUUCCUGCAAUUAUAAGGGAGAUUGCUGAUCUCACCAUAGCCAAUUGAUUCACCGACAUGAUUCUAUAUUUAUAUGUCAUGAACAUGUUCCCUCUCGUCUUUAAUCUGCUAAAAAGUCCAUUUCUCCCUUAAAACCUAUCCACCAAAAAGCCAUAUUAAUUAGGAUAUUGCAUAGCGCGCAGUGAAGAUCCUAAUGUCUCCUUAAGCUUGCAUAUAUUUUUUGAUCAUCAAUAUUUUGUGAGCCAAUAACCUUUGCGUACUUAACCACCUUCCUAUGUUUUUUGGGUUAAUCCCAAGUUCCAUGUACCUUUCUUCUUUUAUCUAUGGUCCUUUUUGGCUUA